GAGCAAGAGUCGGAGACAACAGCCUCAGACACAUCAGCGUUCGAAUACAGAAAUGAUGGCUAUAUUGAACUUGUUCUCAAGGUUAUGGCCAGAAUGUGUGACGGACAAAACAAGCAUCUGCAGGACUACUUGAGAGAGCAGCCAGACAAUGUCAAGUCAUUUGACAUCAUUGCUGAGGUGACUCGUUUCCUGAAUGUCGUCUACUCGAACAUCAACAGCAAAAACAUAGAACUUGUAAUACAGCUCUUCCAGACCAUGAAUGAAUUCACAGCUGGCAACCAGGAGAACAGAGUUGUGAUCUACGACAAUAAGAUCAUUGACUACAUCAACUUUAUCUUGAGAUCUGGCGAGUUCUCAGAUUGUUCUACACUGAAGAGUCUGGAGCUGAGAAAAAGUAUCUCCAACCUUGUGAUGAGCUUGAUAGAAGAAAACGGCCCAGGAGCAACAGAUGUGGCUUUGGAAGUCAAGGAUACGCUAGAUAAGAAAGCAGUCCUGGAGCUCAUGGCAAAGUGCUAUGAACACCAUCAGACAGACAAGACUAAAAUCAUGGAACUGAAAGCGCUGGAAGAAGCUAUGGCAGACCCACUUGGAUCCCAGGCAAAGCUAACAUCCCAUGGUAACCUUAAAAAGGGGAAGAAACUCCUAAAAGGUGUUAUGACAAAACAGAAGGAAGAAUUCGGUGAACAGUACAUGGAUGUGGGCUUCAGUUUGUAUCUGAUCUUGGCACGAAUGUGGGACAUUGAUGCCAAGCUGCUGGAAUAUCUAAGAAUGACCCCUCUCCAGGCAAAAGCCUUCAAUUUCUCCAAUAUUAUCAUCAUCAUCAUCAUGUGCCGUAAACAAAGAUAUUCAACUCACUCUAAUGUACUCCUCUACCAGCGCGUGUUGCGAGAGGAAGUCAAAGAGAAGCUGAAAUGGGGAGUGGAUCGGUCAUCGCCCAGCAACAAGAUCAGAGAUCUCAUGGGGUGGACCAAAGACAUCAUGAAGGACAUUGCUUACCAGCAAAAGAUUCUUAGGAACCCGGUAGCCAUUUUAUUGACAAAGGGGUGGCUGGUGUGGAACCACCUGGUGACUAUUCUAAGUUUUGCCAUCAACAUUCUCAUGCUGGUCACUUGGAAAGCUAAAGGCUCGUUAGAGACGCCUGGGAUCAUGACCAACAUGACUGUAGUUCCUCCAGUGCUCAGAGA